UUUUGCUUGUGCAGUUAGUGUUGGGCUGUCGAGCUGAUGCAUUGGUUUCUCAUGAGCAGGUCAUCUGAAGCACAAGAACAGUUUACGCUGUCCAUUUUCUCCCACAAGAUGGCUUCUAGGUUUGUACAUCAGGAUGCUAUAACAUUCUUCAUCUGGUUUGGUCUUAAACUGUCAGUGAAGUCAGGUACAUUCUCUUCACAGUUAAACUGCCACCUGGACAUUAAGGCUAACUAGGCCUAUAAAAGGUAGACUGGCCUGACUUCACUGCCCACUAUGAAUCAAGGAAAUAUAGUUGCAAUGUAGAAAUCAUAAUAGACACUUUGAUUUUUAAAUGAAGAGCAGAAUUUAUGCACAAAGAGAGCCAGUUUAAGACCAAACCAGAGGAAUUGUUAAAGAAUCCUGAGAAAAUGUACAGCGUAAAUUGUUUUUGUGCUUCAGACGACCUGCUCAUGAGAAACCCCAGCAUCAGCUCGACAGCCCAACACUAACUACACAAGCAAAACUCUUCAAAAUGGUUUCUUUUGAUGCUACUUUGACAGUAACAAGUGCAUCUGAGACUAGUCAAACUUCAAUAAGCAGGCUGCCUUUGCUUUGCCUUGGUUUUCUUCAGAACAUUAUCUGAUAAGGACUUUAACAGAGACUUUUAGCGUCUGCCAAGUCUAUUUCCUGAUUACAAGGUUCACUUCUUAGUAUUUGUACAUUUUUUACUUUAGAUUCAGGAACCAAAACGUAGUACAGUUUUUGCUCAGAACUUUGACAGGAAUUUCUUUCCGUGUAAGAGGUGGCGUGCGCAUGGUAUAAAGGUUCUCCAGUGAGACCUCAACACACCGUACCACCAAGAAGUACGAAGAUUUACAGGAUAACACUGAUUACAAGUCUUCCCUGGUCUUACAUACAAUGGCUAAGAGCAAAGAACUUGUGCCAACCAACUCUGUAUGGAGUCCAGGAUUCACAGAGGAGCUUCUCCCAGCUUCUAAGCAGAUAUCCCUGCUGUACCACAUCUCCUACCUGUGUCUGGCUAAGUUUCCAAACUUGGAGAGGCUCCUCAGGAAGUGUGCUGGGGAAACCCAACUUCUCUUUGGAUCCUCUGAAGCUCUUCUGCUGAAGUGUAUGGGCACCAGUCAGACCCAGGUUUCAUCACUGUUUCCAAUGCUGAUACAUGCUAUUGAAAAAAACAAACCAACACUGGCGGUAAGGUACCUGGAAAAAGCAAGAACCUGGAUUGAUGAACUUAUUGCAGAUGUGGACAAGAUGGUGCAAAGCUAUGUUCAACACAACGAAGAUGUGGCCACAACUACCAGUGACAUCAUCACUGAAAAGGCAAACACUGAGGCCAAGUCUGAGCAGCUUUCCAAGGAAGUUCAGGAAAUGGAGGGAGCUAUAAAGACCCUUGAAGAAAAGCUUGCCGGAGUUAGGAACGAGCUUGAAGACACCAAAAGGAAGAUAGAUGCCAAAAACCUGGAACUUGAGAGUUAUGUAAGGGACGUGACAAGCAAAAGCUCAGGCCUCGGAAUCUUCGCUGCGAUUGUGCCAUUCAUUGGGCCAAUCGUCAAGUCCAUUUACGAUGCCGCAACAUCCCCCGCUGCUGCUGCAAAAAUCAAAGCUCUUGAAAACCAGCUGAAUCAGCUCACCUCUCAAAAGGCGGCUCUGAUGAACCAACAGUGGAGCAUUGAGGUCCAGCAGAUUGACUUACAGAUGAAACUGGCCAAAGUAAAAAUUGACAAGGGCUCUAUACCCAGCCCUGUCCACCUGAACGAGGUCCAGCGAUAUCUGACUAAAAUCCAGAACAUUCUGAUUCAGAUCAAAAACUUCUGGCAAAAGGUGCACAGUAUGUUGGGUGUCAUGCAGAAAAAGACAUUUGUUAAUGAAGAUCUUGUUGAUGAACCUGAACUUAAAGAAGAAUUUGUGAAUUCAAUCCAAAAGGCUUCAGAGAUUUGGUCAAAUUUUGGUGGUUCCUGUGGUAAAGCUGCUGAAAUAUUCAAAAUACAGUCCAAGGAUGCCUAUGCGUUCCUGGAGAUUGAUCCAUCGUCUCUCUCAGACGCCGUGUGGCAGGAAGAGUAUAACAGUGUUAUGGGACAGCUACAGGAAAUGAAAGUCUUGAACCAGACUCCAGCAGCCAUCCAAAACUAAAGCACUAAAUACUACUGUGCAUUUCUCCCCUGAGGCUGUCAAAUCA